UUUUUAUUAUUAUUUUAGGUGAGCGGGAAUGCGGAUCACUUUGGGAUUCGUUAUACAGAGGAACACAUUUGUCGAGGAGUGUCAUCAUUACCUAAUCUGCAAGUUUCAAAAGAAAUCGUGUACAGACCUCUCAACAUGAAAACAAAGACACCUUGAAGGAAAUUUCGUCGAAUUGGCAACUGCAUUGUCAAAGUGUAUCUACUUCAAAACUUCGAAUUUCUUAAGGAAUGCGUAUUGAGACGUUCCAUUCUGAAGAAUGUUACCCCUAGCGGCAAAAGUUGAAAGGAAGGUAGCGUGGGAAUAGCAAAUUUUGAAUGUUUAUUGUCAGUUAGGUGUGUAUAUUUCAAGAUAGGUUUUUACUUCAACCUAGGUGAAUAAGUUGGGUGAACAGGAAUUAUACAUAUGUACAAUGUGGUCGCCUAAUAGCAAACAGAAGAAAAUUCUUCUCUUCGUCUGUAUGUUGUGUGUACUAUUCUAUCUUAACCACAAAUACAAUACUCCGAUGACGUUAGACUUGCGUCACGCCGAUGUGCAUGCGCAGUGUGUCAUACCGGAAAUCGAUCCAUUUGACAAGGAGCUUACGAAACUGGACAAACACCCCAAGCCACCCACUUGUAGCGAGAGUAUGUCAUUAGUAUUUAUAGAUAUGAACGGCUAUAUUCAAUUUAACACAUCAUCAUUCGCUUUAAAUAAACUUUCAAAAUCUGAGGUAGUCUGCUCUUACAGACCAGUGGAACGUAGUGGAGGCGACGAUGACGUCAUAUUAAAACCGGAAGUGCAAUUUACGGAACCAGAAUAUAUUGAGAGUGAUGUCGUAGUGGCAAGUUGUUUGAACAAAAAAGCAAAACUUAUAUACCAAAGUGUGCUUACAAAUAUAGACUUCAGAACCGUAUUAAGGGCAAAUAAAAUAAAAAUGGCGUCUCCUAAUCAAUUUAAUGUGAUUCUGUUUGGUAUAGACUCCUUAUCAAGAACUGGCGCCUUGAGAAAAAUUCCAAAAACUAUGAAAUAUAUUCAAAAUGAUUUGGGAGGAAUCACUUUCAAAGGAUAUACGAAAGUGGGCGGCAACACAUUUCCGAAUGUUGUUCCGUUGUUGACAGGCAGACGAGCUGACAAGGAAGAUCUAGGUCACGCCUGGGGACAGGAGUACUACGAUGAAUUCCCUCUUAUACAGUACAAUUAUUCCAGCGCAGGCUACGUCACCAAUUUUGCCGAGGAUUGGCCAUAUUUCUCGACAUUUAAUUAUUUGUCAAACGGCUUUAAAGUGCAGCCAACUGAUCAUUAUUUACGUCCAAUGUAUCUUACUAUGAAAAAAUUAGCACCCGUGUCGACAUCUUUAGAACAAGUAAGUCUUUAUCUAGAAGAUAAAAGUAUUAAAGUGAUGCCAUCCUCGCUGUGCUAUCAAAAUCGGAUCAAACAUGUUAUAUUCUUGGAGAAUUUAAAGAGAUUUCUAAAAGGAUAUAAAUCUCAAUUGAAAUUUAGCUUUUCAUGGAUGAGCGAACUCAGUCAUGACUAUCCAUAUUAUCUCGAAAUCGCUGAUCAAGAUUUUACGGAUUUUCUUCGGUGGAUGAAAAUCGAAGGGCAUCUUGAUAAUACUAUUUUGUUAUUUAUGAGUGACCAUGGAAGUAGAAUUGAUGAUUUAAGAAACACUCCAGCCGGGCGAAUAGAAGCCAGAAUGCCACUCCUUUCCAUAGUACUCCCUGAGCAUUUCAAAAAAGAGCACAAACAUCUUGUGCAAACCAUGAUGGAGAACACAAACGUUCUGACAACGGCUUUUGACGUCAACGCAAUGCUUGGUGACGUAUUACACAAGAAUUUUGACCAGAAUCGAAAAACAACAAAACCGCGGAGAGGUAUAAGCCUUUUUGAAAAAAUUCCAAAGGAGCGGACGUGCGCAAACGCUAGCAUAGCCGAACAUUUUUGUCCGUGUUUUGUAAGUAAAUCUACAAAUAUAGACUCGCCAGAUGUUCAGAAAAUUGUUAAUUUCAGUUUAGAAAGAAUCAAUCGCAUGUUGGAUAAGCACCGAACCGUAUGCGUAGUAUUAGCCUUGUCACAAGUAAGAGAUGCUCAGCUCAUUGUUUCAAGCUUUAAACGAUAUGAGACAAAAAAGACAUUCACGAUCAGGGAAUUCUUCAACACACCAGUUAAAGAUCAAAAUAAAUAUACAAUAUUGUUUGAGACAGCACCAAGUGGCGCCCUGUUCGAAGUGACCGCGCAUAUUGAAAGUGACGGUGAAGUUUACUUCGUGGGGGACAUCACGAGGACAAAUAGAUAUGGAACACAAUCACAGUGUAUCGCUGAUAAGUAUCUACGUAAUUAUUGUUUCUGUAAGAAAUGAACAUGGAUAGAACAUAUAGGUAAAUAAUAGUAAAAGCCUCGUCAAUUGUUUUCGAUUGCUACUCAUGCAUUUUCGUUCUGAUAUACAUAUCAUCCAAACUUCCAAAACGUCUGUAGCUUACGGGGGCUAAAUACAACUAUAUACUAUCGAUAAAAUUGUAUUGGACAAGUUUGAUAUUGUUUGUGGAUUGAAAUCGUAUAUGACUUUAUAUAAAUGUUUACUCAUUUUAUAUAUUUAUUUGUUUACUUCUUCUAUGAUACUCGAUUGAAGGUAUAUGAUAAUGCCUGCUUUAUUCUUAUUCAGUUCUAAUAUUAAUAAUUAAGAAUUAAGAAUUAAGUCCCAAAGCCGAUGUCUCGAAAUCUAACACAUUCACGUUAGUCGCCUCAUCCUCACAUGAUAAUGCAUGCAAUUUUUUUUUUCUUUUUCGGCAAUUCCAUUCGCCGAUAAAAGAUCGACUAUCAUCAUUUAUUCUACCGAAUCGUAAGUUCUCUCCAGUUUUUAAUUUAUGAAAAAGUGUGUUUUAUGUACCAUGCAUAUUCUUUUCUAUUUAUGCCUGAUUUUCUUAACUUUAGUUUUGUCACGUGUAUUUACAUGUGGCGCUUUGCAUAUAUAUUUUGCUUCGUGUUGUUUUACAGCGAAAUAAAUAUUUUUCGAACAAA